AUGGAAAUGGAGGAUUACGGAGGAGGAGAGUUUGUAUAUGAAUCAGACGAAUGGGAAGAUGGGGAAAUAGAUCUCCGAGAUGACGACGAAAUAGACAGAAAAAAAGAAAAGGAACUUCGAAUGAGAAAUCGGAAGACUAUUAUUUACUUAAAGUAUGUGGAUAAACACUUGAAGGGAAUGAAGAAAUUAAACAAAGAAUUGGUAGAUUCUGAUGAAGCUGAGACAAUAGAUAAAUCUACGGCGGCUCGAAUGAUAGAUGUUUCCAGUACUUCUCGGUUCUUCUCUGACUUUAUGUCGAGUGAGACACCAGCUGAAACUUCUGAUAGUGAGGACGAGGCAAAAGAAUCCAACACAGAGUCUUCUGAUAUAUCGUCGAGGGAGAGUGGCUCCAAAAGAGUUCGAGCCAAUAAUGAAAACGAAGGAAUAUCAGAAAAACGUCGCCGAGUUGAUAGCAAAUAUCAAGGAGAAUCAGAUGCCCCAACCCCAGAAAUAAUUCCAAUUCCACGAAAGAAAUAUCCAUAUAUUCAUAAAGUUCUCGACUCACUCGGAAUAAAAGUCGAAAACGUACUGCACCUCUUUCAAUACGCUGUCAAUCCGCCGAGUGUCUUGGAUAUCGCCAACGGACCAGUCCAGCGUGAUGAAGCCGAAGGAGUGCAAGUGAGAGAUAUGCGAAGCCCACCUGGCACGGGCGGCGGUAGUGGCGGACAAGCUCACGUCGUGGAAAGGAUGGACUCACCGCAAAAGCGCUUUUCGCGCUAUGCGAAACUCGCCAGAAUCGACUCGUUCAAUCAUCAAUUUGAGAGAAUUGACCCAUGA